AUGUUUGUGCGUGUGUUUGUUUUAUGCGUCCAUGUGUUUUUAUUGUUUUCUGUAGAAUGUGUUGAUCCUAGGAGCGAAGAAGGUUAUCCAAGGGGAUUUUUGGCAGUAUGUCCAGGAUCCACGAAACCUGCUACGAUCCCCAGGAGUCAGCUGAGGUACCUCUUCUUCGUGGUCCAGGGUAAGGGGCGGACUAGGAAGACCUAUAAUUAUUGGGACGCGAAAAACAUCGCUACAGAUCCAAGGAUCGACUUCCGUAGAAAAACUGUAUUAGUAGCGAUUGGGUAUUUGGACAGUACAAGCUUCCCAAUAUCAGCAAUGUUCGCUAACGAGUACGAGGCUAAGGGGUACAACGUGAUCUUAAUUGACAACCAACGCUUCGCCACUGUGCAUUACUAUUUAGCAUCACGACUAAUGCGUCCUGUCGGCAAACACGUUGCUGAGGUCUUAGUGGAAUUAACUCGAGCUGGGCUAGACCCAACCAAGACGGAGCUGCUAGGCUUUAGCCUCGGCGGCCAAACAGUCAGCUACAUAGCAAGAAACUACCAACAAAUGACAGGAAAAAAUAUAUCUAGGAUAACGGCCUUGGAACCGUCUGGACCAUGCUUCAGGACACUUUCGUCUCAAGAACGUCUAGACGCAUCGAAUGCGGACUUCGUUCAAGUUGUACACACAAAUAUCGAUGGAUACGGAAUGAGUGCUAGGAUGGGACAUGUUGAUUUCUAUGUAAAUGGGGGCGAGUUCCAACCGACAGACUUGACCGUAUACCCUUGUUCUACGACAUGUAGCCAUUUCAGGGUAUUAUUUCUUUGGGUAUCUGCUAUGAGGAAUCCGAAGAAAUUUGUAGGUAUUAAAUGUAGUAGUAUUCAAGAAGCGAGAGACGGCACAUGCUACUAUACAAUUCCUUUAUCGACAAACGUCAUGGGUGAAAAUGUCAAUGUCACUAACCAAGGCAUAUUUUACCUGUCAACGGGCUCUAUAUAUCCAUAUUAUUUAGGAAAGAAUGGAUUAAAGCCAGAGUAUGAAUCGUGGAGAAGAAUUAGUAAUAUCAAUGAUGGCAAUGAAACGGAAGUGUACACAAUCAAAAAAUCAAUCAACAGCCAAUCCACAUUGUUAGAAAACCUGCAUGUGUUGGAUCAAUGCCACAUGUGUCAUCAGCACCAUAUCAAAGAAACCACUAUAAAUACUUUAAAUCAAGAUACUACAAAUUAA